AUGGGCCCCCACCGCAAGAGACAGCGCCUUUCCGAGGAUGGCGCUGCUGUCGCCUCCUCUUCUGCCAACGGCGCUCCUACUGAGUCGACCAUUGCCGCGUCCAGCACCCACGAAUCCCGCGCCGACGACAGCAACGCCCUCAAGCAUCGCCGCCAGCUCUUCGUGCGCGGCUUGGGCACCACCGUUACCACCGAUGACUUGACCGACCACUUCUCGCAAUCUUUCCCCAUCAAGCAUGCCGUCGCCGUCCUCGACAAGGAGUCCAAACACUGCAAGGGCUAUGGUUUCGUCACCUUUGCCGACGCCGAGGACGCCGCCCGUGCGAAGGACGAGCUCGACGGCUCCGACCUACAAGGCCGCAAGAUCAAGGUCGACAUCGCCGAGCCCCGCCAUCGCGACCCCGAACAUGGUGUCAGCCAGCCUGCCAAGGCUGCCGUUGAGGCUAAGAAGAGGAAGGAGGAGCAGAUGCAGCCCAGCCAAUCCAAGCUGAUCAUCCGCAACCUGCCUUGGAGUAUAAAGACAGAGGACCAGCUUUCCAAGCUCUUCCUCAGCUACGGCAAGAUCAAGAAGGCCAUCUUGCCCAAGAAGUCCAACGGCAUGCUGGCCGGCUACGGCUUCGUCACAUUGAGGGGGAGGAAGAACGCUGAGAAAGCUCUCGAAGCUGUCAACGGCAAGGAGAUCGAUGGCCGUACCCUGGCCGUCGAUUGGUCCGUUGAGAAGGAGACUUGGCAAAAGGUCCAGGAUCAAGCUGCUGACGACGAGGAGGCAGAUGAAGAAGCCGAAGAGAACGAGGAGGAUGAAGAGGAAGAUGAGGACGAAGACGAGGAAGCAGACGAAGACAACGAGGAUGAUGAUGACGACGAUGACGACGAGGAAGAAGACAGCGACGAUGAGGAGAGAUACAUUGACGAAGAAGAGCACAAAACCCCGCGCACCACAAACUUUUACAACACCACCACUCUCUUCAUACGCAACCUACCAUUCACAUGCACGGAUGAGGAUCUUGAGGAACAUUUUGAACAGUUUGGUGGCGUUCGGUAUGCCAGGGUUGUCAUCGAUCGUGUCACGGAAAAGCCGAAAGGCACUGGAUUCGUCUGCUUCUUCAAAGAAGAUGAUGCCAUUACUUGCUUGAAAAACGCACCAAAGCAGCACAACCCGCAGAACCUCAAGGACAAGUCUGCUCCUAUUGCUGCCCACUCGGUGCUGCAAAACACCGAAGCCGACCCGACCGGACAAUACACCAUGGACGGUCGCGUCUUGAACAUCACGAAGGCGGUGGAGCGCAAUGAAGCCGAGAAGCUCACGGCAGAAGGCGUGGCACAUCGCUACAAGAGAGACAACGACAAGCGCAAACUCUACUUGCUCUCGGAGGGAACCAUCCCGUCCAAUUCGCCGCUCUACAAGCUCCUCUCUCCCGCUGAAAUCCAGCUCCGUGAGGCCAGCGUGAAGCAACGGAAGAACCUGAUCGAGAGCAAUCCCUCACUUCACAUGAGUUUGACUCGUUUGUCUGUCCGCAAUAUUCCCCGCACUAUUUCCUCCAAGGACCUCAAGCAGCUUGCCCGUCAGGCCAUUGUCGGCUUCGCCAAGGACAUGAAAGAGGGAAAGCGCUCGCCCUUGUCGCAAGAAGAGCUCCGACGUGGCGAUGAUGAAAUGCGCGAGGCUGAUAAGGAGAGGAGGAAGAAGGGCAAGGGUGUGGUAAAGCAGGCCAAAAUCGUGUUCGAGAACAAGGAUGGAACCAAGGUUAGCGAGACCAGCGGCGCUGGUCGCAGCAGAGGUUAUGGUUUCAUCGAGUACUACACUCACCGUCACGCUUUGAUGGGUCUCCGAUGGCUCAACUGCCACGCCAUAGAUUACCAGGCAUUGGAGACGACCCAAAAGAGCAAGAAGGUGUCGCCCGAGGAUAUCAAGGACAGGAAGAAACGUCUGAUUGUUGAGUUUGCCAUCGAGAAUGCACAGGUGGUUCAGAGGCGGAAAGAAAUGGAGGCGAAGAUGCGCGAGAAGACUCUUAAGAAGGCGGCUGAGGACGGCAGCGACUCUGAGGACAAUGAUGAGGAGGAGAAGACUCCGAAGAAGGGACGCAAAGGCGGGAAAGGCCAAAAGAACGGGGCAAAGGGCGCGGGAAAACGCAAGAGAGGGCAUGAAGAUGACGAUGAAGGCUCGUCGAAGAAGAACGCAAAAUCGGCAGCGAAGGACGAAAAGCUCGCCAAACAGUCGAGGAUCAUUGCGAGGAAGCGGCAGAUGCGCCGUGCGCGCAACAAGGGUGUCAAAAGGUGA